UUCCCUCUCCCUUCUCUCUCUUCUUCCCUUUCCCCCUCUCUCCUUCCGGGGUAGCGGACGGCGCGGGUGGGCGGCGGAGCAGGCGAGCUCCGGCGGCGGCGGCGGGCAUGUUUGGCGCCGCCCCCCGACUGGAGCGCCGCCGGUCCGCGUGAAGGGAAGUCCGGGGAGGUCCGGCAGUCGGCGGCCGGCGGCGGGAGCGCUGGGCGGGCAGAUGAACGGGGCGGCGGCGGGCAGAGCGGAGCGCGAUGGACGGAGUGGCGGGGCGGGGCGGGCAGAGCGGCGGCACGAAGCCGAAGGGGCGCCAGCCUCGUCAUCGUCGUCUACCGGCGCGUACCGGCGCGAAGCCAGUGGGGCGCGCGGGGCGGAGUGGGGCGGCGGGGACGACAUGAUGCGUGGCGCCGCGGCUCGUUCGGGUUCCAUGGUCCCCGCCCUCGUUCGAGCAGUAGGACGGACAUGGUCGAGCUCUACCGGAGGGCCUUCGACGGGCUCGCCGCGCCCUUCUCGGAGUUCUUGGGGUACCGCGAGGACGGCGAGGAUGCCACCGUCCGCUGGCUCGACGCCCAGCCGGCCAAGUCCGUCGUGUACGUCGCGCUAGGCAGCGAGGUGCCACUGCGCGUGGAUAAGGUCCACGAGCUCGCGCUCGGGCUGGAGGUCGCCGGGACGCGCUUCCUGUGGGAUCUGAGGAAGCCCACUGGCGUCUCCGACACCGACCUCCUCCCCGCCGGCUUCGAGGAGCGCACGCGCGGUCGCGGCGUCAUGGCGACGAGAUGGGUUCCUCAGAUGAGCAUACUGGCGCACGCCGAGAAGUCGUCGCGGCAGCGAUUCGUGCAGUCGCGGUGGAGGAAGAAAGCAGCAAAGCGUUUUAAGCCAAUACCAAGAAGAUGCAGGAGAUCGUCGCGGACAUGGCCUGCCGUGAGAGAUUGACAAAUUGUACAGGCAAGAUAUCAAGAUCAUGGGCUUUUUCAUCUCCAAACGGCGAGGGCGGGGACACGGCGGCUCGUUCGAGUUCCACACGGCGGUGGAGGCGGCGCAGCAGGCCAUCGCCACCAGGCACGUAGAAGGGCGGCGGACGGCUUGGCGAACGGCGCAAGAAAGAGAUGGCCGCCGCCGCCCCAUGCGCCUCGCGCGCCGUUGCCCGCCGCCGGCCAUGCGCUGUCCGCCGCCGCUCGCCGUGCUGGACACCGCCCGGCGAGAGGAGGGAGCAGAGAGAUGGGGAGAGCCGGAGAGAAGGAAGAAGAGGAUUGGAUUUGGUCAUUUGAGAAUGACUUGUGGGGCCCACGUGGGCCCCACCAUAUUUAUUUUUUUUAGCUGACAUGUGGGACCCACCAUUUUAAAAUUAUUUUUUCUGUU